AAAAGUGGUAGGUACUGGGUAUAAAUAAAGGGGAAAUAAGGAUGGUACAUAAACCAGCUGAUUUCUGUUCUCCACCCAACCAAAUGAUCACCGACAACGGAGCAAACCGUUGAACCCAUUGCAAUUUCCGUCCACUUCUCUUCCAGUCUGCCCCUAGUUCCUUACAAAAUCCCCACUCCGGUCAUGUUUCCGAUGACCCGAUCCGUCCCGUCAAACCCCAAAUCCUGUAGCCUGUAGGGCCUCUAUCUUCUUUUUGCAGCAUCCAUAGCUGUUUCUGCAACAACAAUGUCGCAAAACCUCAUCACAGCCUCCAACUCUCAUUGUCGGGUUGGAAGCUUUAGCCUCUACCCGCAAACUCGUUUGGAAAAAUCCAGAGGAAUCUCCCUUUCCCUCAAACCCUUUACCCUGCGGGUCCAACCUCCCAGAACCCAUUUUCCCAAUUUGGAAUUUCUUAAGACCCGCCAAAGGUACGUCGUUAGGGCAUUCGAAUUGGAAGCAACCGAGAAACCUGUGCCCGACAAAAGAUUCGAUUUUGAUGCUUUCUUAUCAGUUCUUGAAUUCCUGUGCUUGGCCUCCUCGGCGGCUGCGUCAAUUGCAGUUGCGGUGAAUUCUUGGGUUUUCCGGCAGCAUAACUGGGUCGGGUUCCCGUUUCUGGUAGGACAGUGUGCGGUGCUGGCUGGUGGAAUGCUAAUCAGCGCCUUAAUUAGGAGGCGGCAGUGGCGGAGGAUUUGUAACGUUGACUUUUCAAAGUCCAGCAAGGGUUCAGAUGGGUUUAAUCUUGUAGAGAGGAUUGAGAAGCUGGAAGAAGAUUCCCGGAGCUCCAUGAAGAUAAUUCGGGUGUUAUCAAGGCAGCUCGAGAAGCUAGGGACUCGUUUUCGGAUUAAAAUGAGGAGUUUGAAGGAUCCUAUUAUGGAGACAGCUGCAUUGGCCCAGAAGAACUCUGAGGCUACAAGAGCAUUGGCAGUGCAAGGGGAAACUCUUGAGAAGGAGUUUGUUGAAAUACAAAACAUCCUACUGGCAAUGCAAGACCAACAACAGAAGCAAUUUGAACUUAUUCUUGCAAUUGGGAAAAUUAGCAAGUCAAGGGAUGAUGACAUGAAAGGACCCUGCCAAGAUCAUAGCCAAAGUCAAGAUGCACCACCUAACACAACGAAUUCAGCUGUCGAGGAAGUUCCCGAUAUGAUACUGAACUAAAAUGCAAAGUUUGAGUGGGAAGAAUGAAUCUAGAAAUAGGGAGGGGGCUCUUGAUUCUAAGAGGCAGAGAUGACAAAAGUUGAUAGGUGUGCUUUGGUAAAGGUUGAAGCCAAGUAAUAAUCCUUUGAAGCCAAUUUGAAGUCAUUGGAUUUGGCAUAUGAAGAUUGACCCAAUUUGUGAGUUGAAGAGGGACAGAUGGAAAUAAACCGGAAAGGAAAACUGAAAGAAAGCACUGAUUUUAGUUUUGGAUAUAUGGAUAGAUUACACUAUAUUUUUGUUAUUAUUGUGGGAAGCAUUUAUUGUUAUAUUUUCUAGAGUUGACAGUUUCAGAAGAAAUGAGGAAGACUUUCUCAUUUGUGUGUUCUCCAGUGUCCAUAUUUUGCUCUCCGUGUCUUGAUAUUUUUUUCAUUAAAAUGAAAAGAGCUUUUCGAUUAUGUCAGUUGAGGUUGCGAGAGCAGGGCAUAUAGCGUGAAACUUUGCCUAUACUUUAUCCUCACAAAUUUAUAGAGCUUGUUAAUUUAUAGGAAAAUGAUCAAAUUGAUUCUUCUAUUAUUUCCCAUCUAUCAUUGAAAUAUUUAAAAACC